AUGACGCGCGGCGGCGACGACACCGCGUCGCCGUCGGGCAGGACCGAACGCGAUGCGAGCGGAGGAGGAGGAGGAGGAGGAGGAGGAGGAGGCCUCGGCGCGAUCGUGGGUGCCCAGAUCUCGGUCGACGACGCGGACGACGACCCGUCGCGUCGUCGCGCGACGUCCUCGAACGACAUCGCGUCCGCGCCGACGCGGACGAUCCACCAGGCGAUGUGUUUCCGCCCCGAGGACGCGCGCGGGGGCAAGGACCCGGGAGGGGGGAAGAGGGACUCCAAGCAUCACGGCGGGAGGCAUCAGAAUUACAUGGCGUACAAGAUUGAAAAGCUCGGCGAACAAAACGACGCGCGGCGGCGCCGAGGACGAGGACAGUCGGACGCGCGCGACGGCGGGACCGACGGAACCAACGGAACCGACGGAACCAACGGGGAGGAGGACGACCUCACCGAGGGGUUGUUCCACGGCGUGAGCGUGUACGUGAACGGCCUCACGGAGCCGCCGUGGAUGACGAUAAAGGACGUCGUGUUGGCCGGCGGCGGCGGGUUCGCGAAUUAUUACAGCCGCGCCGCGUGCACGCACGUCGUCUGCGCCAACUUGACGGACAGCAAGCUGGACAAGCUGAGACGCGCGGACGGGAAGCAGCCGCCGAUCGUGAAGCCGGCGUGGAUCACGGAUAGCGUCAGGGAAGGGAGGCUGAUGCCGUGCGCGGCGUACGCGCUCGAGCGGAGCGUCGACGUGGGGCAGCGUCGGAUGACGAGCGUGCUGGGGCGAGCGGCGGCGGCGGCGGCUCCGGCUCCGGCGGCGGACGUCGACGUCGAGACACUCCCGGCGGCCGCGGACGAGAUACUCCCGACGCAGGACGACGACGACGACGACGACGUAGAGAUCGCGGCGACGGUCGAAGGCGAAGCGCGAUCGGACGCGGCCGCGAUGAAGGGGACGACGAGCGGAGAGGACGUCGUUCGCGUCGCGUUCGACACCGUCGUCGAAAAGAUGAGAGCGCUCCCGAUCGGCGUCGGCGGCGGCGUCGGCGGCGUCGGCGAUCCGUCCGCGGCGGCGGCGGCGGCGGCGGCGGCGGCGGUGAAGGUCGCGUCCGCGGCCGCGUACGCCGCGCUCACGACGACGGUCGCGCCCGCGCGGAUCGCCCCGGUGAGCGCGUCAGAGGCGCUCGUGGACUGGCGCGGCGAGCGCGUCGACGACGAGGGAAGACGUUUCGACGGCGCCGCCGCCGCGGCGACGGCGAUCGCGACCGCGCUCGCGUCCGCGGACGUCAAGGCGUCCGUCUCCAUCGCGCGCGUGCACCGGGACCACGGCGGCGGCGGCGGCACUUCUGCCCUUCGCGUAGAGAUCAUCGACGAUGUCUUCGUCGCGGCGGCGGCGGCGAGUCACCGCGAACCAAGACCAAGAGACGCCGCCGCCCCCGCGUUGAAAUCCUCGCUGAAGACGUCGACGUCCUCCGCGAAGCGCAUGCGCUUCACCGUCGCCGCGGACUCCCCCUCCCCGCCCCGCCGCCGCCGCGCGGCGCCGCCGCCUCUCGACGGACCCGACCCCGGCCCCGGCCCCGGCCCCGGCGACGCGGGUGGGUCCAUCCCGACGCCGCUGCGUCGCAGCAGUUUCGCCGCGUCCGCGGCGGCGGCGGUGGCGGGCGGGUUCGACGAGGACGCCGUCGACCGAGACGCGUGGGACGCGUUGCCGUUGCGCCUCCGCGCGGAGCUCAAGGCGGGUGGUCGGUCGCCGCCACUGCCGUCGCGUCUGCGGCCUCGCGCGGCGGCGGCGAACGCGAGCGCGAGCGCGACGACGACGCGGCGGUUGACGUUCAGAGCCGCCCCCGCGCCCGCGGACGCGUGUUCCGGCGAGUCGCCCGGCGGCGGGGAGGCGUCGCGGUUCGACGCCUUCGGGAGCCUUCUCGGGAUCAAGCGCGCCGCGCGUCGGCCCUCGCCGCCGCCGCCGCCGCCGACGAAGACGACGACGGCUGCCGUCGCCCCGACGCCCGACGCCACGGUCAGCGCGCGCACGCGGGCGGCGGCGAGACGCGCGAGCGUCGCGGGCGUCCGCGCGGACAGCCUCCCCGCGUCGUUUUCGCAAAUCGACCGAGACUUUCUGGACGCCAUCGGCCCCGAGGAGCGGCGAGAGUUGGAGGCGCACUACGCGCGCGAGGAGCAGCGCGCGCGCGCCGCGCGAGAGACAGGGCUAGGGCGCGGCGGCGGGCGCAAGGGUGGACGGGGGCGCGGCAGGGGGAGGCACGCGACGCGGCACGACGCGAGGCAACGGGGGCUGCGCGGGUUCGACGGCUACGGGGUCGAACGGUUCGAGCCGGCGCCGCCGCCGCCGCCGACGACGACGACCGCGCUUCCUCUUCCCGUCGUCGACCUUCACGACGGCGAGGGCGAGGGCGAGGGCGACGACGUCGGGAGCGCCGAGGAUGUCGUCGUCGCGCUCGAGACGGACGAGGAGAUCGAGGCGUUUCUCGAGUCGUUGCGAGCGCGCGUUUCGCGAGUCGCGGAGGAGGAAGGCGCGACGCCCUCGGCGGGGUCUGAUUUCCCCUCGCCGCCGACCGCGCCGCCGCUCGACGCCGCCGCGGAGCUUCUCUGCGAACAGGCGAUGGCGUUAGCGAGGGCGCACAACCUCGAGGGGGUGAAAACGGUUCUGAAACGAGCGUUUCGAUUCGCGAGCGGCCGCCCCGAGCGGUGGCGCGAGCUGAUGACGACGGUGGCGGCGUGCGCGCAAGCCGUCGUCGAAGAAGAGUACGACGGGUGCGUGCUCGGGGGGCUCGAGGCGCCGGAGCGAGAGUGA